GAGUGACCAUGGUGCACCAGCGCCAGCGCUCCCGGCUGUCGCUCUCAAGCCCGCGUUAAUACGCGUGCCAUUACUAGUAGGAGUACUGCCGUGCUGAAACUCCAGCCUCCCCCUUCCCCUGCCUGCCCGCCGCUGCCAUUCCACUCCACCACGCCCCGAUCCGGUGAUCCGGCCAAGAACGAACCGGCCCCGGCGGCAACCAAUGGCGUCGGCGCGCCGCCUGCUGCAGACCUACCCGGGCCAGUUCCAGGCCGCCGAGCCGCCCGACGCCCUCGGCGCCGACUCCGACGUCGUCGUCAUCCUCGCCGCGCUGCUCUGCGCGCUCCUCUGCGUCGUCGGCCUCGCCGCCGUCACCGGCUGCGCGCGCUCCCGCCGCGGCGCUGGGGGCACCAGAUCCGCCGCCUCCUCCGGCCCCGACGCGAACAAGGGGCUCAAGAAGAGGGCGCUCAUGGCGCUGCCGAAGCUGGCGUACGAGGACGCCGUGGCGGCGGCCGUCGCGGCGCGCGGCGGCACGGCCUCGGCGGCGGCCGGGGAGGGGCAGGAGGGGAUCCUCUCGGAGUGCGCCAUCUGCCUGUCGGAGUACGCGGGGAAGGAGGAGAUCCGCGUCCUGCCGCAGUGCGGCCAUGGCUUCCACGUCGCCUGCGUCGACGCCUGGCUCCGCGCGCACUCCUCCUGCCCUUCCUGCCGCCGCGUCGUCAUCGUCGUCGCCGACGCGGCGCCCCGCAAGAUGCCGCCCGAGCCCAAGCGGUGCCGCAAGUGCGAGUCCAUGGAGGAGGCGUCCUCCUCCGCCUCCGCGACCGCCGGCGACCACAGGGCCGCCCGUUUCUUGCCAUGACGUGCUCUAGCAAGUGAGUCUGGACAUGGCAAUGGCAUGGAUGCAUAAUGUGUCUGCGGAUGUGAAUCAGUGAAUGUGAGUUUCACAUCGAUGUCUGUACAUUCUCUUUGACGUGACUGGCCUGUUUUCAUGGACU